ACCCUUUUACAGUGUUCCUGAAGGCAGCAUAAGCCCCGCCCCCUGGGUUCAGCGGUGCGUUCAGGGUCGUUUUCCACUGAGUGUUUGAAAGUUGUCAACAGAGAAGAAGAAGAGGAGCGGAGAGCAGCUUCAAACCGACAGCAGAGCUCGGAGGAGGAGGAAUGGGCUGCAGCCACAGCAAGAAGAAAAGCAAAGGCAAGAAGGGAGAGAAGAACCAGAAACACAGCAGCCGCCGAGAUGAAGGAGGUAAUCGUACGUCAGGUGAGCCGGACGUCUGUCUGGAGAAGCAGCUGGAGCGCUUUGAGUGGCAGCUGAGGACGUUAAAGGAAGUGCUGUCGGCCAAUGGGAACCCGGAGAGGGCGGAGCUACUGAAGGAGCACGCCGAUGAAGAGGUGUGCGCCCUCGUCCUCAGCAUCCUCGAUAAGGUGAAAACGGAGACGACGGCGGAUUUGAACGUCCUGCAUGAACAGAAAAGUAAAGCUGCUACUGAAGAACACAAGAGAAACAUUGAAGAGCUGCAGACGAGACACGAACAAGAGAAAACUCAACUGACAGAAACAUUUCAGGCUGCUGAAAACGUCCUGAAGGGUGAGGUAGAGGAACUGACUGCAGAGCUGCAGGUCUAUAACGAGCUGAAGCGGAGAGUCAAAGAAUCCACCUUUAAGAAGGACCUGCAGAGGAACAUCCAGGCCCAUGGCAGCCCAGGUGCAUUCUGGGAGUCCGAGCAGGAGUCUCUGCUGUUCGUCAUUGAGAUGAAGAGUGAGCGCGUGCAGGAGCAGAGCAGGAAGCUGCAGCAGAUGGACGCUCUGACGGAGAAGAACCUGGCGCUGGAGGAUCAGAUGGUCCACGUCCUGCAGCAGAACGAGGAUCUGAGGGUCCGGAUAGAAAACUGUCAGACUCUGAUUCAGCAGUUAUCGAAGGAGCAGCAGGACCUGAAGGUGGCGCUGGAGAGGCAGGCAGUCAUCAACCAGCAGCUUUCUCAGGAAAAAGAGCAGCUGAUGUUCAAACUGCGACACAGAGACUCGUGUCCGACCAUCCACCUGGCCGCCAUGGUGCAGGAGAUCUCGCCCAGAUGACUCUGAACGCGGAGGUCACUCGCUGUAGAUAGAAACCAGACUGUGUGCGACUGCAGCUGCCCAGAAUGAUUGAUUACGUAUUGGCAGUUGGUUUUACCGCUCAGUAACCGGCUGGAGAGCAGCUCUGCUACGUGGACUUUAAACUGGAUCCUGUGUGUACAUACUGUAUCGGACUCUCCCAGGUAAAGGUCCGGCCACAACGAUCGGUUGGGGUUGUCCGUUUAAGUUUUAUUUUUAAUUCUUUUACAGAUUAUUGUUCGUUACGACGGUUAAAUGUUCUGGAAAAGCCAUAAAAAGUUUUUUAAAGGAAUUAUGAGAAGACGGAUCUUCACACCACAAAGUCGCACUGUCAUUUGCUUAUUCUUUAGCUAGUUGGCGGUAACAUAGAAACAAAACUGAAUACUUACUACUUUUGUAAUCAUUGUAAUGCUAACAUGCUCCAAAAUGAGCCAGCUACAACAGUCCGCCAGGCUAGCUAGCGUGCUAACUGCCACUCAGCUGUUUAGCUUGGAUGAUGGAGUUAGCGUAGUUUAUUGGACGGCCGACUGCGGGCUGUGUGAAUCUUUUGUUACAUAAAAUGUGAUGAUGCAACACAAAUAAUACUUUAAGUUUAUAGUUUCUUCCCUCUGACUUUCUGACUCUUUGUUCACUCGAAUGUCUGAACGCAAAUUCACACGUCAGUUUGUUGACGUUUGCCAAAGUCGGGAACUCAAUUCACCUUUACGCUGUUUCUAUAAACGCUGGUGUGAGCCGACCUUAGUGACUACGACCUGCUGCUCUGCUGAAGUGCCUGAGACUCAUAAGAACUGAUGAUGUCCACGUAAAGAUCUUCUGCUUCCCAAACUAACAUCCAUCAAACUCUGAGGAUUCGAACUAGCAGCUACCAGUCGUCACUCCACACCGACUCCUCGGAGAAUAAUGCACUCUGAGUUUGAAUAGCUCUGAAACCGGAUGCUUCGGGCCCGAUACCACAGUCCAAGUGCCUUGUUCAGUGGCACACAUUGUGUUCGUAGUUCAGGUCCGUGUUGUACAGGAAGAGAAAUGAUCUGUAUCCGUAUCUGGACUUAAAUGAAGGUGGGAUUAACAAGAAGUUGGUAAUUUAAACCUGAAAUUGAUACGAGUUGAUCAGAAGUUACUUUAUUAGAAAACUAUUUACAGAUCUGAGCUUCCGAGCAAUGUUUUUAUAGUUGUUCUAGUAAAAGUCGGCUCUAUUGACGCAUUGUACUCGUUGUAAGAAGCACAUUAACUGUUCCGGAUCCUCGAUUCAGCUCAACCUAACUCCGAAAGUUAGCUACUGUUAGCAAGGUCACGCUAGCUGGCUAGCUAGCAAGCAGUUGGUCAACUAAAAUUACUCAAACAUAGCUAAACAUUUUUCACAUCAGUGUUUCAUUCGUAACAUUGUUCAUAACUUAAAUGUCACGUUCGAGGUGAAUAACACUGACCAACAGCUAGCUAGUUUAAUGUUACCUUUGUAAACAGCACAAGCGCCAACCGGCCGCUGUUGGAAGGUUGUUUGGAUCUAGACCAGCAAAAAGUUCUGUUCUGGUUCGAGAUUAGACUUUAAAACCAGACUAUAGUGAUACACGAGGACCCUCUCAGGUUUCAGAUUGUAAACUUGGACCUUUUAAAGGUUAGUCUUGAACUUGGCUUCGUGCUACGUAAACCCUGCAGACGAACACUGAAACUGAACCGGACCGGACCGGACCACUCCCUCAGUAAAUCGAAACCUCACCAACCUGAUGCCAAAUCAGCUUGUGUUCACUGCUUUGGUAUCUACUCAUUUCUGUUUGCGUGCCUCACAAACGCUUCUUCAGUGUUAUUACAGUUGUCUUUCUAAAGCUCAGUCACCUGCUGCUGUCGGAUUCAGUGUUCAGGAGCCGGCUAACAAACCACAUUGAGCCCUUUUUAUUUUCAGGUUUUUAAAAUGUUUUUCAAUGAGCCUCAGAAUCAAAACAUUUUCUCAACACACAAUGGACUGUUUUAGUUUUAUUCAAUAAAAAUGUACAACUUAUCUUGUUUGUGUGUUUUUAGCAUGCUAGCAUCUUGGAGUGAAACCUCAUGAUAACCUGUAGAUUUGUAGAUUUGUAGAUUUGUUCCAAACUUUCAUCGCAGGAGAUUAAUCGUCACAGUUUCAGUGUCUCCUGAUUUCCAUCACUACAAAACCUUUAGCACAUACCUCUAGAACAAAUGGCAGAAUCCCUGUGAGAUGAAUGCUAACGGUAAGCAUGUUAAAAUGGCGAAACAAACAAUGUUAUAGGCUAAAUACCGCUGUCAUCCAUUUGUUAAAAAAUGUUACCGUUAGCACAUAAAAAUGCCUGUUAAUCUGCUUCUGCAACUGAACACACAGCCUCAUUAUGGGCUGCAGGUUUACUGUCCGAGGUUUCCAUCGUCUCAUCGUACAUCCAGAGCUACAGAACAAUAAUCACUGUGUACGUCAGUUUGGGAUUUAUUGUGUUAAAGAUGUGAAUAAUAUUUUUCUUUUUGUUAAUGGGACGAUUGAUAUAUUGGAUAUAAUCUUUGUAUUGCCAAAACCAACAUGUGUUAGUGUUUGUCUCCUCAUGCACCAGCACUUUGACGUAUUGUACCAGAGUUUGUAUCAGAGAUUGUUCCAGGUUGUAUAGUUUUAAUUUUCUCUUUUUCUUCUGAUGUAUUAAAACUUCUUUCAUCUUUUUCUUGGUUUGAUUUAUGUGCAGCAGUUUGUUUUUUGGCUGUUUUGUUUUUGGCUUGACUAAAUAAAAAUCUGCAUCUUAAACUGA